CGAUAGUGUUGUGUUGUGGCUUUUGCCGGUGCGUGUGGUGUAGGAAUGUAUUUGUGUUUAUAAAUUACCAAAAAUAAUCGUGUCACUUGUCAGUGUUUGCUGCAGCGUCGUGGUAGCAAGAGCAAGUGCUUGUUUUUGUUGUUUUGGUUCUCUCGUGCAUUGUUGAUCGUUUAUGUGCUGUUUAGUGUCGCCAUUCAGUUAAGAAUACCUACCGGCAGCUGAUCACAAGAUGUAUUCGCUUAGGGUGUGCAACGUACUCAGGAAUGGUGCAUUGAAGUCUGAAGUGGUCGCUCGCGGUUUUGCGAUUUCCUCUGUGAAUAAUGAUAACCACAAGUGCAAAGUGUUGGUGGUUGGAGGAGGUGCCGGUGGAUGUGCUGUAGCUGCUAAACUGUCCAGCAAGCUUGGCGAGGGGAAAGUCACCAUUCUGGAACCGGCCGAUAAACACUACUACCAACCGAUGUUCACUCUGAUUGGCGGAGGAAUCAAGACACUGAAGGAUAGUUAUCGUCCCAUGUCCAAAGUUUUGCCCACGCUCGCAAAGUGGGUCAAAGAUUCGGCCGUGAAGUUUGAACCGGAGAACAACACCGUCUACACGGCAAACGGCGAUAAGAUUGAGUACGAAUUCCUGCUGGUGGCCACCGGACUGCAGUUGAACUACGACAAGAUUCCCGGCCUGGUUGACGCUCUGUCCAUUCCCAAGGGUAAAGUUUGCUCGAACUACUCGCCGAAAUACGUUGACCGAACCUACCAGGCACUGCAGGCGUUCAAGUCUGGAAAUGCCAUCUUUACGUAUCCGAACUCCCCGGUCAAAUGUCCUGGAGCGCCACAGAAGAUUUUGUACAUUGGGGAACACUACUUGCGCAAGUCCAAGAAAAGACAGAAUGCCAACGUGAUCUACAACUCAUCGCUUCCGGUAAUUUUCGGAGUCAAACAUUACGCGGAUCAGCUGUGGAAGAUCGUUGAAAAGCGAGACAUCAAGGUAAACCUCCGCACCAACCUGAUCGAAGUCAUUCCAGACAAAAAUCAGGCAAUAUUUGAAAAUCUGGACAAACCGGAGGAAAAGUUUACCACGGAUUUUGAGCUCCUGCAUGUAACACCUCCAAUGGGUGCCCCAGAUGCGUUGGCGUCGUGUAAAAAUCUGGUAACAGAAACUGGAUUCGUAGACGUUGAUAAGGAUACUCUUCAGCACGUGCGAUACGACAACGUUUUUGCCAUUGGUGAUUGCUCGGCUUCCCCAAAUUCUAAAACUGCUGCGUCUGUUGCCGCCCAAUCACAAGUCGUGUACAAGAACAUGAUCGCCGUGAUGCACGGAGUUAAGCCGUCACAAGUGUUCAAUGGGUAUGCCUCUUGUCCGCUUGUUACCGGAUACAAUACUUGUAUUAUGGCAGAGUUUGACUACAGUCUGACCCCGCUGGAAACGUUCCCAAUUGAUCAGAGCAAGGAGCGCAUUUCGAUGUUCUACAUGAAGAAGGACCUGAUGCCCCCACUGUACUGGCAUCUGCUGCUGAAUGGCCUGUGGAACGGACCAGGUUUCGCUAGGAAAAUGAUGCAUUUCAGUCUGAAGUAAGAUGAUAUUAAGCAUGUGUGAUAUAAUAAAGCGAUAAAAUACUCAA